GAAGCAGUCGAGUUCCCGUUUCCGAGAUCAAGCUAUCUUCAUUCUCCAUUUCUCUUCAAACUAUUUCUCCAUUGUUCUUCAAGAAUUCUUUAUACUCAAAUUUCACAUUCUGAAACAAUUUCCCUAAAAUUGAUCAGAGGGACGAAGCGGAAGAGAAAUCUGAGGAAGCGUUUGGCUAGAGGAGAAUCUUCACAUUAGUGUUUAUAUUAUGAUGCCAAUCUCUCAAUCUCUCAGUCUCUAUAUCCCUAUGUUUGAUCAGAUCCUCCUCUGAAGAGUUUGAUCUUAAUAAUGGAGGGGAAACCAAAGAGGAGAGCUGCUGCAGAGAAUGGGGAAACGGCCGAAGACUUAGUCCUUGCAACAUUAAUUGGGAAUGGCGAGGACCUUGGUCCAAUUGUUAGACAUGCAUUUGAAAUGGGCCGUCCAGAAACUCUCCUUCAUCAGUUGAAGAACGUUGUAAAGAAGAAGGAAAUUGAAAUUGAAGAGUUGUGCAAGAUCCACUAUGAGGAAUUUAUUCGUGCAGUUGAUGAACUUCGUGGGGUUUUGGUUGAUGCUGAAGAGCUGAAGGCCGAACUAUCAACUGAUAAUUUUAAAUUGCAAGAGGUUGGGAGUGUGCUUUUGAUUCGACUUGAAGAGCUUCUUGAAUGUUAUUCAAUUAAACAAAAUGUGACUGAAGCGAUCAAAAUGUCCCAGAUUUGUGUUCAGGUGGUUGAUCUUUGUGUCAAGUGCAAUGAUCAUAUUUCUAAAGGCCACUUUUACCCUGCAUUGAAAACUGUUGAUCUGAUUGAGAAGAAUUAUCUGCAUAACAUUUCUGUCAAGACCCUAAAAAUGAUCAUUGAGACAAGAAUUCCUGUGAUCAAAUCUCAUAUUGAGAAGAAAGUGUCCACCCAAUUUAAUGAAUGGCUCGUUCAUGUAAGGAGUUCUGCUAAGGUUAUUGGGCAAACAGCUAUAGGCUAUGCAGCAACUGCUCGCCAAAGAGAUGAAGAAAUGUUAGAACGUCAGAGGAAGGCUGAGGAACAGAACAUUUCUGGGCUAGGAGAUUUUGCAUAUACUUUAGAUGUUGGAGAUAUUGAUGAGGACUCCAUUCUAAAGUUUGACCUUGUACCUCUUUAUCGAGCAUAUCACAUUCAUACAUGUCUUGGGAUCAAAGAGCAAUUUCGUGAAUAUUACUACAGAAAUCGAAUGUUGCAGCUUAAUUCCGACUUACAGAUUUCUUCUUCUCAGCCCUUUAUCGAAUCGUAUCAGACCUAUUUAGCUCAAAUUGCGGGAUAUUUCAUAGUGGAGGAUCAUGUCAUGAGGACUGCCGAAGGGCUAUUAUCAGCUGAACAGGUUGAAGCAAUGUUGGAAACUGCUGUUAGCAAGGUGACAUCAGUUCUUGAGGUACAAUUUUCCCUCAUGGAUUCUGCAACUCACCUUCUCCUGGUGAAGGAUUACGUUACUCUUCUGGCAUCUACUUUUAGACAAUAUGGAUAUGAAGUUGGGCCGGUUCUCGAGACUUUGAACAAAAGCCGGGACAAAUACCACGAACUUCUUUUGGAAGAGUGUCGGCAACAAAUAGUGGAUGUCCUAGCUAAUGACUCCUAUGAGCAGAUGGUUCUGAAAAAAGAUAGUGAUUAUGAAAACAACGUUCUCGCUUUUAAUCUCCAGACUUCUGAGAUAAUACCUGCAUUCCCAUUUAUAGCACCAUUUUCUUCUACCGUUCCUGAUGUCUGCCGCAUUGUGAGGUCCUUCAUUAAAGGGUGUGUCGAUUACUUGACCUACAGUGUACAUUCUAAUCUUUUUGAGGUUGUGAAGAAAUAUUUGGACAGGCUCUUAAUUGAUGUUUUAAAUGAAGCAAUACUCAAUAUUAUCCAUGGUGCAUCCAUUGGUGUUUCUCAAGCAAUGCAAAUUGCUGCGAAUAUUACCGUUUUGGAAAGAGCGUGUGACUAUUUCAUCAGGCAUGCAGGUCAGUUGUGUGGAAUGCCUCUUCGAUCAGUCGAGAGGCCACAAAGCGGUUUUGCUGCGAAAGUCGUUCUUAAAACAUCAAGGGAUGCAGCUUAUAUUGCGUUGUUGACUUUGGUGAACAACAAGUUAGACGAGUUUAUGGCUCUUACAGAGAAUAUUGGUUGGACUUCUGAGGAGGUUACUGCAAAUGCAAAUGAUUAUAUAAAUGAAGUCCUCAUUUAUCUCGACACAAUAAUGUCCACUGCACAACAGAUUUUACCGAUGGAAGCUUUGUACAAGGUUGGGAGUGGCGCUCUCGAUCAUAUCUCCUACUCUAUAGUUUCAGCUUUUCUUAGCGACAGUGUCAAAAGGUUUAAUGCGAAUGCAGUCAUGAGCAUCAACAAUGAUCUGAAAAUGCUGGAAGCUUUUGCAGACGAGAGAUUUCACAGCACGGGAUUGAGUGAAAUCUACGGAGGAGGAAGUUUCCGAAGCUGCUUAAUCGAAGCCCGACAACUAAUCAACCUUUUGCAGAGCAGUCAGCCGGAGAACUUCAUGAAUCCAGUGAUAAGACAGAAGAAUUACAACAUGUUGGAUUAUAAGAAAGUGGCUAGUAUAUGUGAGAAGUUCAGGGACUCUCCUGAUGGGAUAUUUGGGAGCCUUUCUAGUAGAAAUACAAAGCAAAACACACGCAAGAAAUCAAUGGAUAUGCUGAAGAGAAGACUGAAAGAUUUUAACUGAGGCUUGAAGAUUUGUUUUUCUCCAUUACUUAUUGAAUAAUACAUGUACAGUAGCUAUUUAUUUGGAUGAUCUAUAUUAUUUUAUUUGUUGCCUUAAUUUUAGGCAAUAAAGCCACAUAGUUGGUUCUUCUUUGUGCUUAAAAAUGCAAUGUAACUAAAAGGGAAAAGAUUUUUGGUCAGUCCCCUUUGUUGCAUCAUUGUUGAUUUUCAUGACUUUGUGUAUAUAUAUAUAUAUAUUGAAACA